AUGUACGGCGCAGGACUCUCUGGGAAAACGCUCUUCAUAGCGCUCCAGUAUUUCCUUCUGGUUAGUCUCUUCGCCCAGACUGGCUCUGCAAACCACGACCACGACCACAAGACACCCGAACCACCGCAACUGUCUUUCCUAUAUACUCUAUAUGCAGAGUGCAAACCGGAUCUCAUGCGUCCGGACACAGGACCUCGUGGAAUCCGGGCUGCUAUUCCCAUCGUGGGCGGAAACUUUACUGGUCCUCAUCUAUCAGGCAAAGUUCUCAACGUCGGCGCAGACUGGGGUCUGACCGAUCCUCGCACAAAGAUCUUUUCCGCCGAUACUCGAUAUAAUCUGCGCACCCACGACGGGGCCGACAUCUUCGUCCAGACGUCCGGUCCACAGGUCCCCGAUGGCCACUUACAUCUGCGCAUGGUAUUCGAAACAGCCAGUCCGAAAUAUUACUGGUUGAACAAUAUUGUCGCCAUUGGGGUUUUGACCACUGGUAUACCUACUACGGGCGACUUUAAUCUGCUGCGGAUUGAUGGGUGGCAUCUUGCGGGGGACUGGAAUUCAACGCAUUUUGUCGACGGCAGUGCUGGCAUGCAAUAUUAG